AUGUCCAUGUUCACAGGUGUUGGAAAAGGUACCCUUCACAGCGUCAAUUCUCUUUCUCGAAAUACCGGUAUUAUGGCUCUCACAAAAGAAGGGAAGAUGAGUCUUUCUGCGGGCCUUGGAAUCGCGUAUCUUGGUUUUUCUCAGUUUUAUAAGGCACAGAAAUCUGAAAGAAAGAAACAGAUACAGGAGUAUACGGGCGGACAAGACGAUGUUCCCCACAGGGAAAGGGUCCGGCCAACGGGCCCAUGGCAGGUCCAAAUAAUGUCUACUUUACCAUUGAAGGCGAUUUCCCGUUUGUGGGGACGAUUCAACGAACUUGAAUUGCCUUACUGGCUUCGUGUACCUGGGUUUAAGCUCUACUCUUGGAUAUUUGGCGUUAAUCUAAGUGAAGUUGCUGAAGAUGACCUUCAUACCUACCCCAACCUUGCUGCAUUCUUCUAUCGAGAAUUAAAACCCGGAGUCCGUCCUCUUGACAGCGAUCCUAACGCAGUCCUUUCACCAUCAGACGGGCGUAUACUGCAGUUUGGUAUGAUUGAAAGAGGAGAAGUUGAACAAGUGAAGGGUAUGACAUACAGCAUCGACGCCCUCCUUGGUAGGGACGCAGGACUUCUAUGGUCGGGAAUUACGCCUUCUGAACCCCGUGAUAACCUAACGCAGCCAAAUAUCACGAGAACCACGAAUGUCCAAAAUGAUAAUGUGUCGACAGAUGAAGAAUUUGCAAAAAUGAAUGGCAUAAGUUACACUCUACCGGGGCUUCUUUCUGGAGGAAUAUCUGGAGAGGCAGGAAAGAAGGCCAGCUCAAUGGACGCAUCAACCGAGUCAAGUUAUACGUCUGAAGCAAAUGUUCAAGCGGAUCUAGCUAAAGCUAAUUCUCCAUGGUAUAUGCCCAAACCAACUUCAAAUCGUGCUCUGUAUUACGUCGUCAUCUACCUUGCCCCUGGAGAUUACCACCGUUUUCAUUCCCCAGCUCCGUGGGUCGUUGAAAGUCGCCGUCAUUUUGCCGGCGAGCUGUAUUCUGUCUCUCCAUACCUACAACGAACUCUGCCCGGCUUGUUUACUCUCAACGAGCGUGUCGUUCUUCUGGGUAGGUGGAGGUGGGGAUUUUUCAGUUUCACGCCCGUUGGCGCUACGAAUGUCGGAUCCAUUAAAAUCAAUUUUGACCGUGAGCUACGCACAAACAGUCUUACCACCGAUACUGAAGCAGACCGACAAGCCGCUCUCUCCGCCAAACGUGGCGAAACCUACCCGGGAUAUGCGGAAGCGACGUACCAUCAUGCCAGCGAAACUCUAGGUGGCCACGCUUUGAGGCGAGGUGAAGAAAUGGGUGGCUUCCAGCUUGGUAGUUCAAUAGUUUUGGUUUUUGAAGCACCUUUAGGGGCAAAACAAGAUCAUGACCAAGGCCGCACAGGCAAGAACGCUUGGUCAUGGAAGAUCGAAACAGGACAGAGGGUGAAAUAUGGCGAAGCUUUAGGGGCGGUGAGCGUCGACUAG